AUGCGAGCAGGAGACGUGUUGCGGGCCAUCCCUAUGUCAGAGUGGAUUUUCACGAAUGAAGAUCUAGAGUACUACAACAAAAUAACAGGCAAGGAGCUUUUGCUGCAGGGCCUGCAGGCCUCCUAUCUUUUGAGCAGCUCGUACAUGAUGUGGAUGCUUGUCGCUUUGGUUUGCAACUCAAGUGCGCCUGUUGUUGUUGUGCUCAGCGAAAGCAUGCAUCCGGGCUUCAACAGGGGAGACAUCUUGCUAUUGGCAAACCGAAGAAGCGAGUACUACAGCGGAGACAUAUGCGUGUUUGAGCUCUCCAAGGGAGAAAUACCUAUAGUGCACAGGGUUGUGGAGAAAAGGUACUCCAAAAAAGAGCUUGUGCCCACGGAGAAUCCAAACAGCACAAAGUACCCAAAUGCCAACCACUUUGAGUACAUGACAAAAGGCGACAACAACCAGGUAAACGACGCAUUCCUUUACAGGCAGGCAGGGUGCUCUUACAUCAACAGAAAGCAUCUGAACAACAUAGUGUAUGCUGCAGUUCCGUUGGUGGGAAUGGUGACUAUAUGGGCCGGCACGUGGGCGGGGCUAAAGUACAUAGUCAUAGGAAUUCUGUUCAUGGACGUAGUAUUCACUCGAGACAACACGGUGGGGGUCAUCAAGGCAGACGAAACUGCGGACGAGGCGGAGAAAGACCGCGAAAAGAAGAAAAAGAAGAGCUGA